AUGCCACGACUUUCUGUUGAACAGCGUCAUAGAAUUGUUUUUAUGCGAGAAAAUGGUCAUACCGUACAGGAAAUAUCGAUUUUACUUGGAAUAUCCAGAUGCGCCGUAAAUCACACUUACCAACGGUAUUUGGAUGGAAAUGGGUUUUACGACAGACCAAAAUCUGGAAGAAAUUGUAUUCUUUCGGCACGUGCUCAAAGGAAUCUUGUACACCUCGUUAGUGCAAAAUUAUUUAGUUUUUCAAAGAGCGGACAUUGGGCCAAAUGGAAGCAGCACGAAGUAGCUCUUAAAACUCUCAAAGAUGAGGCAGCAAGCAAAACCGAAUUCCUGGACGAAGCCAAAAUCAUGCACAGCCUUGAUAACGACUAUUUAGUCAAACUAUUGGGGGUGUCUAUGAAUGGGAAUCAGUCCAUUUUAUGCAUGGAGUUUAUGCCGAAAGGACACCUUUUGGGAGUAUUGAAAUCUGAUAAGGGGAAGAACUUUAAACUAGACAUGCUCGGUAGAAUGAUCGCUUCUGGAAUGAGCUAUCUUUCUGAUCAAGGACUUAUACACCGAGAUUUAAGAACAGAGAACGUGCUAGUGAAUAACUCAUACAUUUGCAAAAUUGCAGAUUUUGGUCUUGCUAAAAAGUCAUGUGUGAUUGUUUUAGACACCAAAUUUCCUGUCAAGUGGACUGCGCUUGAGGCGGCCACUCAGGGGAAAUUUUCUGUGAAAUCGGACGUGUGGUCAUAUGGCGUCCUUCUCUGGGAGUUGGUCACAUUUGGUGAAAUGCCUUAUAAAGGAAUGAAUGGACAAGAUGUCUUGAAAAAUUUAAAGACGGGCUUUCGUCUUCAAAUCCCCAAAGAAGUGCCUCAUAAAGUGCCAGAAAAGUGGUACGAGCAGAUGUUGAUGUGCUGGGAUGAAAAUCCGCUGAACCGUCCAAACUUCCAUUCUCUCUACGACUUUUUUGAAAUUGCGUUCAACGGUCCUUCCGAUUACGUAGAUUGA